AUGUCAGAAACUGAGCUGGAAAAGAUAAAAGUAAGAACAGCUGAGCAUUUUGAAAAUGAUAAAAAUAACAUUUCUUGGUUAAAGGAAGGAUUAUCCAGCUCACGUCAAAAUCCUCUUGGAGACCCUGAUAUGCAACUCACAAAUGAAAAGCAUGCAGACGAGAAACCCAUUAAUGCUAUCAUUAUAAAUUCAGUAUCCGAAUUCAAUAUCACAGAUGGACCAGCCAAGGAAACCCCCAGUGAGAAAAAACUGUCAGAAUUCAGCACAUCACUGUCCUCCCUUGAAGAAUGCCAAACGAAAUUUUCCUACCUCCAAACUGAUACUUCAGUUCAUCAGAGAGACACUGAUGAGGAGUGUGCCUCUCUCAUCCUCACCUGUCUGUUUUGCCAGUUUUGGGACUGCCUCCUGAUGCUCCCAGAUACGUGCGAAACAGUGUGUACCAACCUGUGCUGCCCCUCUCACAGGUACCACCACACCUCGGAUGAGAGCCACCCGCGGCACGACUGCAAGUGCAACUGUGACGUCGACUGCAGUCUUUUUGAAUCUUGCCACGAGACCAGCGAGUGUCUGGAGUUGGCCAUGGAGAUUUCAGAAAUCUGUUACCGCUAGCACAAUGAAGUCAACGACGUUCCGGCAGACCCUUUGGCCCCACAGGGAAACUCCAUGACAAUAAGACUGAUUUCUAUGCGCUGAAGUGUAAGGAUUGUACGCAUUUCUUGGAUGCCAUAGACCAUUUUAUUCUGCA